AUGUCGAAGAAGCGCUCGACAGGACACUCAAGGAUCUACAGACGGAUUAUCUGGACUUGUACCUGGUAUGUCCGUUGCACUCUCGACGGAUCUCUGCUGAUCGAGGAAACACAAGAUUCACUGGCCCGUAUCAUUUUGGACAUCCUCAUCGGCGAUACUUGGGCAGCAUUGGAGAAGCUAGUCAAGGCUGGCAAGAUUCGAAGCAUCGGUGUCAGCAAUUUCACCAUCGAGAAGAUGCAGGAACUACUUGUAACAGCAGAGAUUCCCCCAGCGGUCAACCAGAUCGAGGCUCAUCCUUACCUCCUUCAGCCCAAGGUGUUGCAAUAUUUGAAAGAGAAUAAUAUUCUACCUGUUGCUUAUAGCCCUCUGGGCAACAAUAUCUUCGGUGCUCCACGUGUUGUCGAUAACCCCGUCGUGAUCGAAAUUAGCAAAACAUUGGGCAAAGAUCCUGCGGGAUUGCUGAUCUCUUGGGCUGUCCAGCGUGGUUCCGCUGUUAUUCCAAAGAGUGUCACCCCGGCUCGGAUCGAGAGUAACUUUCAAGACUUCAUCAUCCCUGAGGCGGAGUUCGAAGCUCUCAAAAAACUCGAUCGCCAUCAACGAUACAGCUAUCCGUUCCGCUGGGGCGUGGAUGUGUUUGGGGAAUUGGGUGCUGAGGAUGCCGAGAGACGUGCAGAGGAACAUGUAGUGAAGCUCAGAGAGAGCGAGAACUCAUAA